UCAUCACCUUCCCAUCAUCCAUCCUAUUUUUCGCUUUCCUUUCCCUUUCCGUGUUGCUCGCUCUGCUUUUCCCCCACACGCCCGCACCGAGAGUGGAGGAGGUGGAGUGUGAGGGUCGAACUGAGAGAAAUGGCUGGAGGCGAAGCCCCCUGGCCGCCGCUUCUUUGUCGGCAUUUGCUCACGCUUCGACUUUUUUCGCUCUUCCUCAUGAUUUCUUUGCCCUUCUCCACGGCGGUUAACAUCACCGCCGUGCUCUCGGCCUACACCGACCUCGCCGACUUCAACCGCCUCCUUGUCUCGACUUCCAUCCCCGUUGAGCUCUCCGGUCGAUCCUCUCUCACCAUCCUCGCCGUCCCUAACGCUUACCUCCUCCGCUCCGCUGCCGUCCGCACCGCCGCCGCCGCCGACAUAGCUGAUGUGCUGCGCUACCACGUCCUCCUCGAGUACCUCUCUUGGUCUGACCUCGGCCGCAUCUCCUCCGGCGGUAAGCUCGUCACUACCCUCUAUCAGACCACGGGUCGCGCCGCGGGCAACCUCGGAGCCGUGAACCUCACGAGAAGCGACGGCGGCGGCGGCGCCGUCAUUGCGCGCUCUCCCUCGCCUUUCUCCUCCUCCAACGCGACCGUCCUCGCCCUCGUCGGCACGCUGCCUUACAACGUGUCUGUCUUCGCCGUGGACGCGCUGCUGCUCCCGUCCGGCUUCGACCUCGCUGCCUCCGAGACGCGGCCUCCGGUCGGCGUGAACAUCACGCGCGUCCUCGUCGACGGGCAUGAUUUCAAUGUGGCGGCGUCGAUGCUGGAGGCGUCGGGCGUCGCGGCGGAGUUCGAGGCCGACGAGCACGGUGCCGGGAUCACCAUCUUUGUCCCGACCGACGAAGCCUUCGCGGAUCUGCCCGCCACGGAGCGGCUGCAGUCGUUGCCGGCGGACCGCAAGGCAGUGGUUCUCCGCUUCCACGUGCUCCAUUCCUACUACCCCCUUGGCUCGCUGGAGUCCAUCGUCAACCCCGUGCAGCCCACCCUGGCGACCGAGAAUACCGGCGCCGGCCGAUUCACCCUGAACAUCACCCGCGUCAACGGAUCGGUGGCGAUCGACACCGGAAUGGUCCAGGCGUCCAUCACCCGCACGGUGUUCGACCAAAAUCCCGUGGCCAUCUUCGCAGUUUCCAAGGUGCUGCUCCCCAGGGAGAUCUUCGCCGGAGACGCGGCCGCUGGUGCGUCGCAGCUGCAUUCCGCCGCCGCGCCUCCUCUGGAUCCGAUUGCGCUACCACCACAGGGAGCGGAUGCGGUCGAUUCACCGCCAGCGAGGCUGUCAUCACCGCCGGGCGCCAAAGAGGAGGUAGCAGCGGCAGGGGCAGUGGCAUUCGGCGGAAGGGUGUUACCCGUCCUGUGCUCUACAGCUUCGCUUUAUCUAAUGCUGCCACUGGUAUGAGAUCUGCCGCCUCUUCUUCUGUGUUUUCGAUCUCUAUCCUCCUCUCUGUGUUGGGGAUUCAUUCGGGAUGGUAUUCAUAUACAAAGGUUGAAAUUUUAGCUGCAAAGCAGCCAUUUUUUUCCC